CAAAGCACGUUUUCUUUGACUUGAGCUUUGUACGUCGUAGAACCGAGGCGUCACUCCGUCGGUCGUUGUCUUCGUGCGGCUGCCACACUACCACCUGCAUCUAUCCUGGAACCAUGAAAAGUGCACUUAUCAUUCUUUCUUGCUGUAUCGUUUCAGCACUGUCUCUUGCGCGACAUGGAAAGCCCCCAGCGACCAUGGCUCCCGCUCAAGGAUUUUCUCCAAAACCUGACCCUACCCCAACGGGCAAGCUGACUACACCGGCCGCCAACGGCACAACCGGCUCUGUUUCCACGGCAACCAGCGCAACAACCGCUCCCGUCACUAACACGACCUCACCCGCACCCAUCGCCAAGACGACCUCACCCGCACCCAUCACUAACACGACCUCACCCGCACCCAUCACCAAUACGACCUCACCCGCACCCAUCACCAAUACGACCUCACCCGCACCCAUCACUAACACGACCUCACCCGCACCCAUCACCAAUACGACCUCACCCGCACCCAUCACAAAAAUGACCACCGCGCCUCCCACCAUGACUCCACCCAAGCCCAACCCGCCUGCCGACUUGAUUGCGGGAGACUACCGGCUGAUGAAGGGCAAAAUCGUUUGCCUGAUGGCCCAUGUGGCCCUGCAGCUCCGACUCGAGACACCAAAGGCCAGCGGGACGUUCGUCGUGCAGCCCAAUAAGACCCGAGCCGUUGGAGAGUGUCAGGAGAACCGGGCCAACCUCACGCUGGUCUUCGAGGAGGGUUUCAUCACCUUCAUGUUCAACAAGAGCUCCGCCGAAAACAUCGCCUACGUCGACACUUUGCUGUUCAACCUCACCUACCCCUUGAGCAACGCCAGCGGACAUUAUGCCGCCGCCAACAUGUCAUUGCGCGCCUUCCCCGCCAAGAUUGGCCACUCGUACGCGUGCAGGAGCGACUCUGUCUACAUGGGAAACGGUUUAUAUCUGGACGUCAAGGAUGACCGCAUGCAGGCCUUCGAUCUGACCCCGAGCGGCGAAUUUGGCGUCACCGACCACUGUGCGGCCGACCAGCCCGAUUAUAGCGUGGCCAUCGGGGUGGGCGUGACGCUGCUGGUGCUGAUCUUGGUGGUGGUGGUGGUCUAUCUGCUGGGCCGCAAGAGGAGGACGGACGGCUACCAGCCACUGUGAGAACCUGCCGCAGAUAUGGCCUUCACUGUGUAAAUCCUCAUUCGACUUGCCUUGGAACUUUCUUUACUCGGGUCGCUGUAUUGUAUAGAUAGGUUCAGGCUGUGUUAGCACAGCUAUUGCUAGCAUGUUAGCAAGAAUCAAGAGUUAAGAAUGUUGGCUCUGUUGAAAAUCCUGGUAUUUCAUUUUGACCUUUUUUUUUCCCCCAAAUUUAGUUUUAAUUCAACUUUAGAACAGGUAUAAAAUAUUGUCAUUUUUAUUUGACCAAAAUGCUUUGUUUGAGUUAGUUUUUAUUAGUUGUAGUACUUUUUUGCUCAGUAUAUAAGGUACAAGUGCAAAAUAUAUGAAGUCAUAAAUUGAACUACUGUUGUCAAACAACAUACAGCAAUGAAACAUUUUAAAAUGAAAACCAAAAGUGAAUGUAUAUUAAUCAACCAAAAAAAAUUAUAUAAUGUAUGAUAGUUUUAAUUUUCAUUUCUGUCUUUUGUUUUUUCUGUUUGUUUUUUUCUGUUCAUGAAAAUGCUUCAAUUCUAAUUCAUCAGUUUUCAUUAAUUAUAAUAACCUUGUUCGCUACUUUGGCAUGAUGUGUUUUGUUUUACUGUGAUUCCACGAAAAGGGAAAAGUCGGGUGAUUCAAGUAGUGCUUUGCCAGUAAUAAAUAACAUGUUGCAAUCAACAAUUGCACUAGUUGAAGGCCAAACUGGCUGGAUGUAAAUGCGUAUUUUUCUAUUGAGUAAAAGCUCUGACAAAGGGGAUAUGGCUUGCUGCUGCAAACAGUGGCGAAUGCACAUUCUCUAUGUUGUAUUAAUGACUUUUGGUACAAUGAAUGUUGAAUGAGGAAUUUUGUGUUGAGACUGUUUUCUGAAGUCUUUAUUAUGCCAAUAAAGAUGAAUUCAAGUGUC